AUGGGCUUACCAUCCAUCAAGAACAUCCGCAAAGCGGCCUACCCAACCAUCGACCCUAAGCGGCCGGAAAACAGCCAGGCUGGCCGGAUUGUCCUCAUCACCGGCGGCCACUCCGGAAUUGGAUAUGCCAUUAGCAAAGCCUUCAUCUCCGCAAAUGCCAGGCGCAUUGUCAUCUUCGGUCGCAGAGCUGAUGUUUUGGAAUCGGCUGGUGAACAGCUUGUUGCGGAGGCCAAACAACUCGGAUCACCCACCAUUGUAGAUACUCGCAGUGGUGACAUUGCCGAUCCCGCCUCGGUCAAAAAGUUGUUCUCUGGCUUGAAAGAAGAUUGCAUUACCCUCGAUGUCUUGGUCCUUAACGCGGCAACGGGUGGAACGCCCAAAAAGAUGGUCGACAUGCCCUUGGACGAAUUUUGGGGAGACUAUCACAUCAAUGUCCGCUCUACAUUUGACCUUAUUCAACACUUUUAUCAUCAAAAGUCUGGAGGUCCAAGAUACGUUGUCAAUAUUUCCACUCUGAUCACAUAUGUCUGGCACUUGUCAGGGAAGCCGUCAUACGGAUUGACCAAGAACGCCAGUCUGGGUAUCGCCCAGCAAUUCGCCCAAGAACACGAAGCGGAAGAAAUGCAAAUCGUUAGCUUUCAUCCAGGUGCUGUUCUUACACCCAUGAGUCGCGCAGAUGGAUUCAAUGAGAGCUCUCCAAUUAACUGGGAUAAUGAAGAAAGCCUGCCUGCUGCCCUAAGUGUCUGGGCCGCAACUCCCGCUGCUGCCUUCCUUCACGGCCGCUUUAUCUGGAGUAAUUGGGAUGUUGAGGAGCUUAGAAGUGGCGAGGCAGCCAAAUUGAUUGACAGCGAUCCCAAUUAUCUGAGAAUUGGUGUCAGUGGUCUCACUGAGAAAGAUGCGAUUGCCACUGUUAUGAAAAAGCCUUAA